UUCACCCAGUGGCAAACCCAACGUCCAAUUCCAAGCCAAUCCACCCAUUCUCUCUUUCUGUGCCUCUCGUCUGCCCCGGACUACGAAAAUUCUAUCCGUUACUUGACUUUCCCCCUCAACAUCUUUCUUCAGACCACCACCACUACCCCCCAAACCACAGAGCAAAUCCUCCCCUCACCCACCCACCCAACGAAUCAACCACCCCAAAGCAACACAAUGUCCUCCGUGGCCCAAAAACGUCUCUUCCACGAAUACAAAAACCUCUCAACCAACCCUCCCGAGGGCAUCACCGCCGGCCCGGUCAGCGAAGAUGACAUGUUCCACUGGGAAGCAUGGAUCCAGGGUCCCGAGGGCACGCCCUUCGAGGGCGGCAUCUUUGCCGCCGAGUUGAAGUUUCCCAAGGAUUAUCCGUUGAGUCCCCCGACUAUGAAGUUCGUGGGGGGUGGGGUGUGGCAUCCGAAUGUGUAUCCCAACGGAACGGUCUGCAUAUCUAUUCUGCACCCACCCGGUGAUGAUCCCAAUCACUACGAACAUGCCUCGGAACGUUGGUCGCCGAUUCAGAGCGUGGAGAAGAUUCUUAUCUCCGUGAUGAGUAUGUUGGCGGAGCCGAAUGAUGAGAGUCCGGCAAAUGUCGAGGCCGCGAAGAUGUGGCGCGAACGGAGGGGGGAGUAUGAGCGGAAGGUUAGGGAUGAGGUGAGGAAGGGACUUGGGUUGUGAGAGUACAUUAACUUUCUUUGAUAGGGGGUGUGUGGUGGGAUCGUAUAUAGGUGCUGGUUGAGGGCGGGCUGAUGGUCUGUCCCGUCUGUCUAUACUGCGGGAGGAAUGUGGCAUAGCUUGGAUGCAUUGGAUGUUUGGAUGGCGUUGUGGUGCGUUCGUUCUUUGGUUUGUGAGGGUAGAUGUGCUUCGCUCGUUGCAUGUGGUUAGGAAUUCAUGAUGCAUUUUUAGAUGU